UGUCUAAUAAAAGUUAAACAUGUUUAGUAUUUUGGUAAAAUCAUAAAAAGUUUUGAAAAAGACAUUCUUGAGAUGUCUAUUUACUGAAUAAUUAGACAAUUUGUUUAAAAUGAGUUGUGGAUGGCUAAAUCACUAACGUUAUAUUUUUCAUUUUUUCUGUUUUGAAAAGAAAGAAGUGAUAAAUUCCGAGUCGAUUUGCGAUUUGCGAUUGAUUUGUAGGUCCCCAUAUCGGUGUCAUGGCUACGAACUGUCAUUAAUGUGAUGAUACACUGUUCUUAAACCUGUAAAUAACAUCUUUCGAGAUUUUUAAAUAAACUGGUCUCCCCACCGACGACGUUUCGCAGUAAUCGCAGUAGGAAGGAAAGUGAUCGGCGAAUAUUACGGUCUGCUGAGGAUUGCGUCACAAAAUCACGGCAUAUUUUUAUUAAUUCUACUCCAAAAUGAAGAUUAUUCAACGUCUUUUCAAAGACAUGCAAUUGCAUCGAUUACUUCUGGAUCUGUCUCUUUUGUCGGCGAAAAUAAGUCUAGCGAUGAUAAUUGCAACUUUCAGAAUGAUUGUACCGUGUUCCAUGAAACGUUUACUAGGAGAAACCGUUCUCAUUACUGGAGCUGGCCAUGGAAUCGGCCGUGAAUUAGCCAUCCAGCUGUCUUCCAUGGGUUGCAUAAUUGUUUGUUGGGACGAUGAUAUUGAUAGCAAUCGUUCGACAAUGAGAGAAGUGUCGAAAAAUGGCGGAGAGGUUUACGGUUUUGUGGUCGACGUCUCAAAGAGAUUGGAAGUGCGCGAAACAGUGAGGUUGAUGAGAAAAGUAGGUGUACCGGAUGUAACGAUACUCAUUAAUAAUGCGGCUGUAUUAUACCAUAAACCGUAUCUGAGCCUUGAUCCAGACGACGUGGAAAGGACCUUCAACGUUAACGUACUUUCAAACUUCUGGACGAUAGAAGCAUUUUUGCCUACGAUGUUGAUGAAAGGGAGCGGUCACAUAGUAGCGAUAAGCAGUAUGUGUGGCAUUUACGGGGUGUCUCAAAAGGUAGCAUACUGCUCGUCAAAGUUCGCCGUGAGAGGACUUAUGGAGGCCCUUCACGAGGAAGUACGAUUAGAUGAGAGAAAACCUAAUAUCCACUUCACGACGAUAUAUCCGUUUUACGUUGAUACAGGAUUGGCGAAGGAUCCUAAAUACAGAUUUCCUUACAUCUUCGGUGUCGUGACACCAGAGUACGCAGCUCGAGAGAUAAUUAAAGCAAUCAGAAAAAACUAUACGGAAUAUUCAAUACCGCGAUGUCUUUUUUCUUUGAAUGCGAUAAACAGGAUUGUUCCAGAGAGCGUAAUGCGUUUGACAUUAGAUUUUUUAGCAGACGUCGAUCGAAAACAGAAAGAAAAAGAUGUGAUGAAUUCAAAAUUAGAUUUGAUAAAAGCUUAGGAACUUUACAAUAAAGCUUAUAUUUAUUUAUUUUUUUCAUUAGACAUAUGAUUUUUAAAUAAUGUAUGAAAAUUGUAUAUAACAAUUUGCCAUUAAUUUAAUAAAUAUUUCUA